CAUGGCAGUGUAGUCGGACGCCAUCGCCUCGACACUCGUUCCAUGAUAGCCAAAAACGCGCGACUUUUAAAAUUCGAACGCCGAAAUUCGAAUUUGAAAAAGUGUUAUUGUUUUUUUUAAGUGACACAGACUGUAUAUAAAAUAGAUUGUAAAUAUGGAUUUACAAAGUGAGGCGAGUCAAGAAACGAGAAUUUUAAUUCCUAGACAUGUGAGUGCCGAGAAAGCACUUGCGGCGUCGAACAAUGCAGUGAAUACGACGUUCUUGUGCCAUAGCUACACUCUUCAACCUGAUUUCAGAACAUAUGUGGAAGCACUGCAAGUAUACGGCUGGGUGCUAUGGUCGGCCGCCCUACUGUGUGUGUGCUGCGUGUGCGCAUUGUACGCAUUCAACCUGCGCUCCGCACUUCGAAAUUGGCGAAGCGCGUUCUGCCAUGCAGCUGUUGUGCUAGCCGUGUAUCCUGUAGUAUCACUGUCAGCAUUCUUCGCGCUGCUGGUACCACGGGCACAGCUGCUAUCAGAAGCUCUGUCACAAGAGGCUGUGAUGCUGGGACUGUACCACUUCUACUGCCUCGUGGUCGCUGAGUGCGGCGGCCCGGAGGUGAUCGUCAGACGAUCCGAAGGCGCACAGCUCGAGACCCGAGUGCUUCCAUGCUGUUUCUGGCCUUGCUGUGUCAUCCCUCGGCCUAAACUACAAUCGAAGCACUUCAAAUGGCUGCAGUUCCUGUUGCUGCAAGUGCCGAUCAUACAGGGCAUGAUCUACAUCAUCUUGCUGAUAUUCAGAGCUGAGGACAUUAGUGUCUACCAGAAGAACUACAUGUACUUCCAACCCCUGGUGGCAGCGUCCAUCCUCUCCGGUAUCUGGGGCAUCAUGAUGUGUCUCCGAGCAGCCGAGGCCACGGGCGGCAGGCCCAGACCCCGCUUCUUGGCACUGCAGUUCGUGCUUAUCAUUGUGAAGGUUCAAUGCGGACUGGCUAAGAUCAUCCCAACGACGGCACACUUGCCUUGCCUACUGGCGUUAAACCCAUCCGUGGUUUCUGAUCUGGUCAACAACACAAUCACGAUAUUGGAAAUGCUGCUACUAUCUAUUUGGGCGUGGAGACUCUACAAGGUGCCACCUGGCAAGAUCUUAGAAAAGGAGAAUAUCAUUACCACUGAAUAAAUAUUCAACGCUUAGAUAAUAGGACUUUUCCAGUUAUAUUCUAAGAUGAGGUCUACUUGAUGGCUUAAGUAUCUUGUUUAUUAUGAAUUGGCUUAGGAACUGUCAUGUAGAUAUCACUCACAAUAUUAUGUUCUAAAGGUUUGCACCGAUAGCAUGAUCGCGCACUAAACGAUAAAACAUCAUGAUCAGGCCGUCCCUAUCGCACUUACAAAAGGGACCUAUGGUCUGGACAUAACUCUUACGAACCUCUCUUGAAAGAUAGGUAUUUCAUUAAGUUAUAUGUACAUAUUAUACAUAGGAAUUGUCCGACAUACUGUUUUAUGCGUACAGCCAACGAAUUCCGUUUAUAUGGUAUAGGCGGCGGUCGAACGUUCUCUAACUGUGCGUUCCGCUUGUUUUCAAUCAAAGCGAAUUACAGUCUGGCAAAAAACAGUGGAAAUGCUAAACUAGGUAUUUUUUUAUCAUAACAACACUUAAUUUUCUCGUACAAAAGUCGCUCAAUAGUUGCCACAUGCAAAACGGUUUACAUUAGACGGUGGCGCCCCCUUCAUUAUCUAUUCUUUUUUGCCAGACUGUAUUUAUUAUGACACAGCAUUUUUGGCCGUUGGGUUAGCAAAAACUAAAUUUUCUUGGGAUGAAUCAUAUCCAGAAAAACGUAAAUCUUGUAACAAGUAGGUACUUUUUUAUUAAGCGGGCCAUCCUUCAUUAGUAUUAAGUACCUAUUUUUAAUAAAAACUUUAGUGUUAAGUUAAUUCUUGAUUAAUUCGGAAAUUAUAGAUCUGAGUUGUUGAUUCUAGGUCAGUUAUAAUGGCCAUACAAAUUUGGAAAGUUAGUUGAUAAAUGGUUUUUAAUUUUUAAGCGUUCUAUUGUUUUGCGCAUGCGUCUAACAAGCGUAAAGCGAGUGACUCAAGUGAAUAAUUUUGAUGUUGUAUAGUAGUAGCAUUUUUAUUGCAAUUUGUACUAUUUGUAGGUGAUUAAAUGCACAAAAUGUAAGAGUUUACUUUGUAUACUUACUUAUCUUAAUUCAUACGUAAAAUUGGUGUAUUUUAAUGUUUUGUAUGCAAUUAAUGUUUGUGUCGAAAAUACUCAAGGUUCAAGUUAAUGUCGACGUGUAGGUCGUAUUAUUUAGUGUUCGGUAACGGUCACAAGAUUCUUUUAUAAUAAAAUUGCCAUUGAAAUGAUUAGCUUUUCUUUUCCAUUUGACAAGUUUAAAUUAUCGUGACAGAUUUUGGUGGAAUGGAACCUUUUCCUUAAACAAUGACCAUUAAGGUUCAUAUU